UCAACUUUUUCCUAAACCUUAAUUCCACUUUUACCCUCAUCUCUUCUGUUCAAUUCAGACCCACCACGCUCCUGUCUGAAAAUCUGCUUUACAGAUAAACAAAAAUUAAUCAUCUGGAUCUAAUCUCACUUCCUUUCUUUUAUUUUCCUUUUAUUUUUAAUGCUAUAAUUUCAUUUUUUUUAAAUUACAUUAUUUUAUAAUUCAUCUAUGUCAGUGCUUACUGAUUGGUUACCCAUAAACUGUACCAAAAGUACACUACUUUAGCCUCAUAAAUUACAGUUUUCUGUAAUGAUUCAUGAUCAAAUCAUUGAAAGAUCACUGAUUCCCAAAUCAACAUUUUGAUUAUUUUUCACUGUAUUUUCUUGAAUUUGUCAAAAUAUUUUCUGGGUUUUACUUGACAAGUCUUAAUUUUUCUGGGUUUUAAAAAAGAAUUGAUUUUGUUGCUUCAUUUUUACUUCAUCCAACCAAUUUUCUCUCUACUUUUGAAUUUAUUCUGGGAAUGAGUGUUCUUUAGGCAUUGAUUCUACACCCUGUAGUACUCUGUACUCACCUCCAUAUUUUUUUUUCUAUAAAUAGGCCGAGGAAAAGGAAGGGCUAAAUUAGAUUCAAACUCAGACAAAACCCGAUUAUCGUUGCCAUUUAUAUUUCAUAUUUUUUAUUCUAUUUUUGUUUUUUUACUGUAUAUUAAGAUUUUUGCUUAUGUUUCACUUCAAGUCUUCAAAAUAUAACUGUUCAUCUAUUUACUUUAUCAUCUCUUAACCAAUUUUCUGUUUAAUUUGACAUUGAAUAUUGGCAUUUUUUUAGGGUUCCUGAUUUUUCAAGUUCUCUUCUUUGAUAAAUUUGUAAAUGUGUUUUUUUUCUUGAUUUUUAUAAUUGGGUAGUUUGAAAGUUUGUAUUUUUGUUAUUAUUUUCUUGCAUAUUUUGAAAGCAUUGAUUUUUGCUAGUUUUUGUGGGGUUUUUGGAGAAAAGAUGUUGAUUACUAGUAUUAAAGAGGAGAUCACAUUUCCUUUUGAAAAUGGUAUAGAAAUCCUGAAAUGCUCAGAUGUUACCAAUGGGAUCAAUCCACAUGAAGAAUUUUCCAACAUUUCUAUUAAUAGAAAUGUGACAUCUGAGGAUGAGCACACACAGAAUGAUCUCAGUCAAUUAGUGUCAACUUUAGAAGAAGAGAUUUUGGAAUUAAGAUCUAAACAGAAGUUUUUGGAUGAUAAGAGAAGAGGGUUGUUGAAUAAGAUAUUGGAUAUAAAGGGAAGCAUAAGAGUAUUUUGUCGAAUUCGGCCAUUGUUGUGGAACCCUAUCAGAAAACAUGAUGAUCCCUUUGUGGUUGAUAUGGAUAAAGUUAUUGUAAAAUCAGCAGGAAGUAAGAAAGAAUUUGAAUUUGAUAAGGUGUUUUCUCAAAGUUCAACACAAGAAGAUGUAUUUGUUGAGGUUGAGCCAAUUCUCAGAUCUGCACUUGAUGGGCACAAUGUCUGUAUUUUUGCUUAUGGUCAAACUGGCACUGGCAAGACCUUUACAAUGGAAGGGGCAAAUGAUCAACCUGGCAUUGUUCCCCGAGCUCUUAAGGAGCUUUUUCAGCAAGCCUCACUACAUUCUACUGGUUCUGUCACUUUCUCCAUGAGCAUGUUGGAAGUUUACAUGGGCAACUUAAAGGACUUAUUGGCUCCAAAACCAGCUCGGAGAGCAUAUGAGCCAGUCUCACGAUGCAACCUAAAUGUUCAAGUUGAUCCAAAAGGAAUGGUCGAAAUUGAAGGCCUUACAGAAGUGCCCGUUGUAGAUUUCUCUAAGGCUAAUUGGUGGUACAGUAAGGGAAGAAGAGCUCGCUCUACUUCAUCGACUAAUGUAAACAACGUGUCUAGCAGAUCGCAUUGCUUAACGAGGAUCACGAUUGCUCAUCAUGGAGAUACACCCGAAAGUCAAACUAGAAUCAGCAAGUUGUGGAUGGUUGAUCUUGGAGGGAGUGAACGGUUGCUGAAAACCGGAGCUACUGGCCUUACAUUAGAUGAAGGACGUGCCAUAAAUCUCUCGCUUUCUGCUCUUGGUGACGUUAUUGCUUCCCUUAGAAGAAGACGGAAUCAUGUUCCCUACAGAAACAGCAAACUUACCCAAAUUCUGAGAGACUCACUGGGAAAUGAUUCGAAAGUAUUGAUGAUCGUGCAUAUAAGUCCCGUUGAAGAAGAUUUAGGAGAAACCAUUUGCUCUAUGAGUUUUGCCAAACGAGCAAGAGGCAUAGAAUCAAACCACGAAUUACCACAGGAAACUAAAAAUUUAAGGCAAAAACGAAUCGAUGAGCUUUGUGAUGAAAUGAAACAAGCUGAAGACGAGCAUUUGAAAAUAACGCAUCAGUUACAGAAGGCUCAAUUCCUUCUUAGUGAGAACAAUCGGCUUCAUUCAGCUGCCUGUAAUAAAGUGGAAAACGAAGAAAACAGUGCAGAAAGCACGAAAGACAGUAAGAACGAAAUUGUCAAUAAUACUCCUUGUGAUUCCGAGAAACCAACAAAAAAGAAAUUGUUGCCACAUUUUAUGACCUCAACGGCUGCCAGUCGCCUGAGGCAUAGCGCUGCAGUAAGACAGCAUCACUUUGCAGCAAGAGUUUUGAGGUCGGGGACUAGAAGCUCUAUGCAACUUUCGGCUUCACAGUCCUUGAGUUUUAUCGAGCCACGUCUUAAAGCAGUCCUGAGAAGCGAAAGCAAAAAUGUUCAGACAGAGACACAAAACUGCAAUAGUGGGGAACAUCCGAAAUGUUCCACAUUGUCGCGUAACAAACCCGUCACACCUUCACUUGCAAACAGCAGAACGACAUUCCCUCGUCAUAGACGAAGGAUGUCGAACCUGAUUUGAUCUGGGUUUGAUUGUUUUGAAAAGUUUAUAUUUCUGACGUUCGAGUUUUCGAGUGUGAUCAUUCUCUGAUCCUUUGUUAAAGGCUUGUUUGGAGAGCAAGUCAUUAUUUCUUGUGUUGUUACAAGGCUUGCUGAUUGAUUUGCAGCUUUGUUUUGAUUUUGUUAGCCAUGAUUAGCAACAUAAAUAUUUUAGUAUUGUUGUUUUGUGUUGGGCUAACAAGUUUUUGGAAUUAAAGGGCUACCUUUUAUAUGGCCUAAGGCCCUAAUGUUUGAUGGGUGACCCUAGAAAGGGUAGGCAAAGGUGUAGAUGUUAUGUUGGGUUUUAGUUAGGUUUUAAAGAUGUCUAAGUGACUAAGUGUAACUAAAAGUAGCCAAAACUUUUGGAUUUCUGACAGAAGUAUAUUGAAAGAGCUUGGUGUGUUUGGAUUUGUUA